UUCAUGCAUGAUGGUGUUUAUCUAAUGCAGGUAUAGAGCUAUUAGUAUGCAGAUUGGGACUUCAAAGGUUUCCAAGAGAUCCGCUCCUCUUGUUUCCCCUCCCUUCCUCGUCAUAAUUGCAGGCUGCAGAUUUGCUCUCAUCGAUGGCGGGAUGAUGUCUUAUUCAACCGUGAUCGAGUCGCUUCUGUUGCUUGAAUGCACCAUUUUCUAGAAAAAAAUCUGAGAAGACAAGUCGCGUUUCUGCACUGCAGCUUGCUUCGAUCCCUCUGAGCUGCAGACACACUGACUUCAUCCUCCCACUUGUUGGUCGGAGCUAUGGAGGUGCCAGACCAGACAUCACCUCCUUUUUAAAACUGCUUCUGUUUAUUCAAGAAGUCAAAUAACGCGCGCGCGUGUGUGCGCGCGCCUCUGCAGGAAGAGCACAACAUAAUCCAAUCAAUUUAAAUCCACACAUGUGGUUUGUUUGGAUUAAUUAGCAGCAUUUGUAAUCAGAUGCUACAGGGAGCUGGCAGAGAGAAAAGUGUGAAGUUUGACGUGCAGGACACUUCGCACUAUCUAUUUUCUGGGAAAGUAUAAUAUAAUAUAAUAUAAUAUAAUAUAAUAUAAUAUAAUAUAAUAUAAUAUAAUACCUUCAUCGUCCAUAAAUUACAUUCACAGGAGCAAAAAGGAGAGUAGUAAACGAGUAAAAUUUACACAUUUUAACAAAUUUAAAAAAAGGAUAUAUAAAAUACAGUUUACAAUGCAAUAGUGAGUUGGUGCUGGUAGAACAAUAAUAGAAACUGCAGAUUACAAAAGCAGCAGAGAAAAGUAAUAGUCUGAACAUAUUAUUAUCUAAUAAGGUGUUUUUUUUAAAUUAUUAUAAAACAAAUAAAAUGCGUAAUUGUGUCAUUCUGGGUUGAUUCUAGCAAAAAUAAAAAAAUGUAAGAAUGCACAUUGAAAAAUUAGAAUAUUAAUAAAGUUUAAAUAAGUUUAUUUCAACUCAUAUCAUCAUCAUAUUUAACAACAGCCCAGUGUGUAGCUGAUAUUAUGCAGCCGUUGUGUAAAAUAAGAUAGCAUCUCAAACAUGAUAAUAAAUCUGUUUUAUUUUCACUUUGCAUUUUGAAGGUGUGAAUUCAGUUAAACAGCAGCAGAAAAUUUGUGCUGGCUAAUAGAUCAUUCUCAUUGGCUGGACUCAAUAAAAGAUCUCUCUUUUCUGUAUUUGGAUCAUGCUGCAAAUUGCUCUCCAUGUUUUAUAUUUCCUGAUUUAAAUUCUGCAGGAGCUGAUGUGGAUCUGUAGGGGUGAUCCAUUUCCUUGUGUUGUCUUGGUGCAGGGACACAUCUAAAUCAUGCAGGACAGCGUGUCCCCAUGGAUCAGGGCUGGGGAAAAACUCACCCAUCUGCAGGAGCUGAGAUGUGUUCAGUUAAAUCUCAGGAUGGAACCUUUCAGAGCUCCACAUGCUGAACAUGUGUUUAUCGGCCUGACCGAUGUUUCUCAGGUGUUUUUCUUUAUGCACUUUAAAGCCAAAGCCCUCCUUUGGGGAGCAGGGACGUCACCUGAGCUGGAGAUGCUGUUUGCACCUCCGCCUGCUGGUUGGCACACAUUUACUGUCAUGCUUGAUUUCAGUGUUAGCCUCUAACGACUGUCACAAGCUUUUUCUUUUUCUUCAUUACUUUUUUGGUCUUUCUUAGCUGCUUUAGGAGCUAAUCUGCUUAAGAAUGUCUGUCAAGUCAUGCAUGUUUGCUCCUGUUUCCUGCUGGAGAUAAGUCACCCCUUCCAGAAAUAAAAGAUGACACAUUUCAAGGUGCCUUGUGCUGCAGAUUGGGCCAACUCACCCAAUCAUCUGGGUCACGUUGGGCUUUUUUGAGUUCAUUAGGUGGCCCUAUCAGUUUCAAUUAGCAGAUUUGUGUUGAGUGGGCGUGGCUGGAGCCGCUAACCCGUGGCUGGUCACUCGCCAUAUGUUUGCUAUGUCAAACAGAGACUGUCACGACUGCCCUCUCCUCCCUCCACCCCGACCAUUCGAAACGGGUUCGCCGGCUUACUGUGGCUUUAGCAGCAUCUGUGCUGUAAAUUUAGGGCAUUGCUGUCUGCUUGUCUGCUCCGGUGGUUUAAAACAACAGACUCGAGCUGUGGCGCUCUCUGAGAGCAUCUCUGCAACUUUGCAAUGAGGUUCAGAACCAGGAGCAGGGACAGAAUGGAGAGGCAAAGAGAGAAAGAGGUGAAAUUCGAAGAGAGUGAAAUGAUUCCAAAGUCGGGCAAAUCUCCAGCAGACUCCCGGAAAAGUGUUGGCAUCCAUGAAUUUGCAGCACUCGCCAGGUCUUCUCUGAAUGGUAUCUCUCAGGCGGUGAGAGACCAUGUGACCAAGCCCACCUCCCUGGCUCAGGGCCGGGUGGCCCAUCUCAUUGAGUGGAAAGGGUGGCCCAAGCCCACAGGUCCUCCACCAGGGACUCACUCCCAGUUCAGCUCUUACAGCCAUCUGACUGAAGGGGAGAAGGAGGCUCGGUUUGCUGCAGGAGUGGCUGAGCAGUUUGCCAUCGCUGAGGCCAAACUGAGAGCCUGGGCAUCUCUGGAUGAUGAGGAUGAGGAGGAAGACUCCAAUGAUGAAGAAUCUCACAGCAGUGGACAAACUCACAGCACAGACGCCGCCACGUCCGAACAAACCGGCGGAGCUCCAUGCCAACCAGAGAGCCGAGGCGUUGAUGUUCCGCCCUCGGUUUGUCCUGAAGGCUCCGGCAGCAGCAGUCCGCUCUGCGAUCGGCCUCUAACUGAUAGUGACCUACAUUCAUCCACCUCACCCACAUCGCGGAGCGACUGCAUGUGUCCAUUCUUGGAGGAAGAGGAGGAAGAAGAGGAGGAGAGGCUGAACGGUCUCGAGGAGCAGCUCGGUCCUUUGCAAGAGCAGCACAGUGAGGUCUGCAUCCACAACAAGCCAGAGUGGAGGUCUCGAGGCAGAAGCAGCAGGUUCGACUCCUGCUACUCCACCUCUCACUCCGAGUCUCCCGGAGAGGAGGAUGAGGAAGAUGAGGAGGAGGAAGGGAGUGUGUUUCAUGAGCUUCGGGUUUGGCACUGGAGCCCCAGGAGCUUCUUCUCAGAACGUGGGUCAUCUGGUGUGGCAUCGUUUGAGGAGGAGGAGAGAGAAGAGGUGGAAGAAGAGAAGAAAGAGGAGAAGGAGUAUCUCAUGUGAUGUCUUGUUCUUCUUUGUCUCCUUGAGUCUGUAGAUUCUGAUGUGAAUAUUCCUCACAUUGUAGACCUCUCUCCUCCUCCUCCUCAUCGCUCCUCCACUGGAAGCCGUUCGUCCUCCUGGCCUUUCACUGAUCCGCUGCUUCUCUCAGCUGUAAACAGUUUAAAUGUUGGAGGGUUCAACGAGAAUGUAAAGUUGUUGUUCAAACAGAGUUUUGUACAUUUUUGUGCAGUCGUGUGUUGCUAUUGGGUUAUUUUUAUAUGAAGUGCUGUUUUUUUUUCUUAUUUUGGGUCAUGCUGUGUCAUGUGGGUUUGAUAUUGAAAGGCUGAAUGUUCUGUGCAUAAAUAAAUAAAUAUAAUUUUUUUGAAAUGGGAAUAA